AUGGUGAACCCAGGAAAGCGUAUGAACAUAUUACAAGCCCUUUUGGCAUUAAGGCAUGGCCCCGGCGCUGCGAUACUCCCACCCGAGAUAACGAGGAUACAUAUGGAUUUUGCGACAAAAUGGAAUGACGGACACUUAGGACCAAGGAAGUUUUGGAGAUCAUGUCUACCGCGUCUCAAAUUCUGGAACCCAGCGAUUCCAAUGCUAGUGAACCGGUCCGAAAAUCAAGCUGGCCCCGCGACAAUGUCCAUCUACUUCCGUCAAAACUCCUCAUCCUCAGAUCCUAUAUCUACGACCGAACUCGUCCGUAACAUGCUGCCUCUAGCUCAACAACCACAUUCGAGCAUAGAAAACGAACAUCCAGCCCCACCGCCCGAGGAAGGCGAGCGAGUCGUGACGAUCGACAUGAAGAACGUGCACUCAGACGUGAUCCUCAGCGAAUUCCUAGAAAAGACCAAUGCGACAGUCAUCCACCCUACUCCUGACGAGUUAGUCGAAAUGAAACAAGUCGAAGAGCGCAAGGAGCGGGGAGCCAUCGAUCGCGCCAUUGUCAAGAAAUACAUUGAUGACAAGCGGUCCGAGGAGCGCAUGUUAUCGCUCGCUAAGCAAGAAGCUGAAGCCAUCAAGGCUGCGAACCAGUAA